GCACCACAUAGACUAGCCCAGCUGAAGAAGAGGCUCGCACCACGCCGGCGGGCGGUGCGCGCGUGGCGCCGCGGCGCUCGCGGAGGCGCUGCAGAUCCCCGCUGAGCAGGUGGCGCUGGCAUUCGGGACGCUCGCCGCAGUGCUCCCAGCCGAGGACCCCGCGUUCGGCAAGGACGGCGCAGGGGAGGCCGACCACCGCCUCCUCUUCAUCCAGACCUACAAGCGCCUCGUGCCGCGCGGCCACAAGGACUUGCUCGCCGUCACGGACGUGUGGCCGUCCACCUCAGCCUUCGACAGAUACUUCUCCGCGCUCUCCCCGAUCCAGUGCCUGUAUGAGUAUGGGGGGAAGUCACCAAUGUCGGAAGUUCAGAGCAGAGUACUAAUAGUAGGGUGUAAGGGGAAUCCAGGGAGUGACACUUGCAUCAUUCUUUGGGGGCGAUGAAUGCUGUGUGCCUAUCUUGUGGCUGGCUUUUGAUCUUUGCUGCUUCAUUGUUUUGUCCCAACGCCAAUCCUCAGAGGUCAAGUCGUUUUCAGAUAAAGAUUUGAUGCACUUUGGCAAGCCUAGAGAAUUAGACGGCGUGUUCGUCCAGGUCAGCUAGGCAUUUGCUAAAGGAAAUCCAAGGAGGUGGUGUAUUCAAUGGAUCAAGGGAAUUAUCUGGUAUGUCCUUUGAUUGGCACUAGAGGAUGCAAUUGACAUUCCUUGGACUGGGCUUAACCUAAAGGUAGAGAAUUGGAAGCCAUUGUGAUAUAAAGGAUGCAAAGGGAGGGCGAGCAAGAUGCUGCCACUCUUUAUGCAGCGCUCUUUUGCUAAAGGGAAAGGGAGGGUGGGCUCUUUUGGAUUCCAAAGCGUGAGGUUUUAUGCCAGUCAUUGCCACUCCCCCUUAGCCGUUGCGCCUUUUGGAACCUCAAGCGUAAGGUAGCAAGUGGAGAUACACAGGAAAAGCUCCAAAGCGCCCCGCCAUGUCACUAGAUAGUUUCUUUGCUGCCAUUCUGAUCUGCAAAUAUCUAACGUGAUGUGUAGUGGGGAAGUCAAUUUACUGAUGUGCUUCGAUUAUUUCAGCUAUGAGGAUUUGUUGCUUGAGCAGUUAUUUGUUAUCGCAUCUGGCUCGUUCCAUUUCUGUUGUAAACCAAGUUAUAUGUUACUUAUUAACCAUGUUACACCAUUAAACGUGUCUCCAUGGUUAGUUUUUCGUAUCUGUUUUUUUCUGUACUAAGUUCUUAAGAAAGAUAUCCACUCCCGUUCCUGUUCUCUGUGAGUUGUUAUGGAGUAGUAUUUUGGAGAACUGGAGAAGCAUACUUGGUUAUAAGUAAUUAAGUAUUGCUGAUGUCUGGUCAACACAGCAAGAUACAUGUUGUGUUGAUAUAUUGAAGUGUAAAUUUAUUGUAGAUUAACUCAUAACUGCACUUGAAAUUGCUUCAUAUUUAUUCCUUUGGAUGAUAGGCAUUUUUAAAUGGUUAACAAAAUAUUUCCAGUUUGCACAGAAUUUUCAUCCAGGUGACUAUCCUUACACAACAGUACACAAAAUUAUGCCCUCAACUAUUGUUUUUUUUUUUGGAAAGGCAUAGCCCCCUAUUUUGAGAAUCAAUAUUAUUCCCUACUGAUAUUCUAUUUAUACAGCUAAAAGCACAAUUUUUUUCCCACGUCAAAGCCAUCUUUAUUCCAUUGCAUGAGUGUGAGUAUGUACAACAGUUCCGUAGAGGUGGUGAUCGGUGAGAUGCUAAGACUAAGCAACUGGAGAAUGGAUCCCACUAUCCAGGAAUUCUGGCAGAUGGUGACUACUAAAGUAAAUUCAUUAGGAAGAAAUGUCAUUAUUUCUGCAAACAGUCUGAUGGAUACCAGAUUCUAGCCCAACUACUUGUUUACAUGGGAAGAUGAUCUAACAAAGGAACAUGAGAUUCUCCAGUAACACAAGCUAAAUAUAAGUGUUUAAGUAGCAAUUUCUAAUCUAUCAUGCAUUCAACACCUGUUGGUCUGGAUUUCUUUUGCCACAGUCAACACCUGGAGACAUCCUAAUGAUUAAAAAACAGAAAUAAGCCUACAUGCAAGAAGAGUAGUUUGAUGCCUCUGAUAUGCUCUAAAGAUUUUCCAAGAUUGGUGAACCCAUAGCCACCAGACACUACAGAGUUUGACCCAUUUGUUUUGCCCUAAUAGAGAUCCUUUCUUCUUGCUUAUUCAACCAACCACAUCAUAGUUGGUUCAUCUCCCUCUUUGACUCGUUUCUCUCAGUGCACCACGUAGCCUUGCUAUAAAACCCAUGCAGGGCAGGGGAAACUUGCCACAGAAACAUCUAAAUUACCUAGCUGCGAAGGAUCAGCUAGAACUUGGUCAGAACUCAGGAUGGCCACUGGCGUGUUGUGCUUCAGGGCGUUUGCCCUCUCCAUGCUGGCCUGCCUUCUCCUGGCCGUGCCAUCGCUGGUGGCACAGGACCCUUCGAAGCUAAGCCUGGGGUACUACUCCAAGACGUGCCCGAACGUAGAGCACGUCGUCCGGACGGAGAUGGAGUGCGCGGUGCGCGCCGACACACGCAAUGCUGCCCUGAUGCUUCGCCUCCAUUUCCAUGACUGCUUCGUGCAGGGCUGUGAUGGAUCGGUGCUGCUUGACGACACCGCGACGAUGAUCGGAGAGAAGCAGGCAGAGCAGAACGUCAACUCGCUGAAAGGCUUUGACCUGGUUGACAAGAUCAAGGAGAAGCUGGAAGCUGAGUGCCCUGUAACCGUUUCCUGCGCUGACCUGCUCGCCAUCGCAGCUAGGGACGCCGUUGUGCUGGUAGGUGGGCCUUACUGGGACGUUCCAGUAGGAAGAUUGGACUCCAAGAAGGCAAGCCUGGACCUCGCAAACAGCGACAUCCCCACUGCUCAGCAGGGCCUCCUCACCCUUAUUUCCAAGUUCUGGCAGAAGGGCCUUGAUGCCACUGACAUGGUGGCCCUUGUCGGCUCCCACACGAUCGGAUUCGCCCGGUGCGAGAACUUCCGGGACAGGAUCUACGGCGACUUCGAGAUGACCUCCAAGUACAACCCAGCGUCCGAAUCCUACCUCAGCAAGCUGAAGGAUGUCUGCCCCCUGGACGGCGGCAACGAUAACAUCAGCGCCAUGGACAGCCACACCUCCGCGAUAUUCGACAAUGCCUACUAUGAGACGCUUAUCAAGGGCGAGGGCCUCCUCAACUCCGACCAGGAGAUGUGGUCCAGCGUUGUCGGCUACUCGACGGCCGACACCGUGAACAAGUACUGGGCUGACCUCGCCGCGUUCUUCAAGCAGUUCUCCGAUUCCAUGGUGAAGAUGGGCAACAUCACCAACCCCGCCGGUGGCGAGGUUAGGAGGAACUGCAGAUUUGUCAACACAUAGACUAGAGCAAUCUUGAAGAAAUCCGGUUCUUGCGCAUGUUCUUUUGAUGGUUGAUGGUUUUUCGGAAAAUAAAAAACGCUUUGCUGAAGCUAUUGUACUAGCAUAUAUGUUGUUUACUAGCGGGUCGUAACAUAUUUGUACAGACAUUUAGCCAACUCAUCUGUGAUUAAAGGCAUGUGAAAAUAAAUGACUUUU